UCCUGCACAUCAUUCCACUGCGAUGGAAAUUAAAUGAAGGUGGCUUAACGCAGCUAACAGAGGCAUGCUUUGAAGGAUGUUACCAAAGGAAGCUGCGCUGCCAGAUCCUUUUCCAUGGGCUGUGGAUUUGUGCUGCUGAGGCGAGGACACAGCAAUCACUCAGCCAUGCAGAGGCUCAGACAACAGGACUAAUCUCUCCACCUGACUUGUGGGAGCUCCACUUUGUUUUUUCUAAAUUAUUUAUUCCACAUUGCCAAAGACAAAGCUGGACAAUGGAGCCAGAGUGAAGAGGAAUUCUAGUGUGUAGCCUUGACUGCAGUCUGAAGCACACAUGGAUGUGUUCAGCUUUGUGAAGAUGCCAAAGCUGUCAGGCCACAGGACCAAAUCCUCAGGCUGGCUGCCCCCUUCAGGGACCUGGAGUGCUUCACAGGGACCUCCAAAUGGAUGGGACAUGGGCACCAAUAGAGAGGGGCGUGACUGCUACAUCAACCACGUCUCCCAGAGCAACUCCCUGGAGGAAGUUCGUCUGGAAGGAGACAAGCUUGUGCCACCAACGCCCCGGAAGGUGGAGAUGAGGCGGGACCCCGUGCUUGGCUUUGGAUUUGUGGCAGGCAGUGAGAAACCUGUGGUGGUCCGUUCAGUCACACCAGGGGGUCCAUCAGAAGGCAAGCUGAUCCCAGGGGACGAGAUCAUCAUGAUUAAUGAUGAGCAAGUCAGUUCAGCACCCAGAGAGAGGGUUAUUGAUCUCGUCAGGAGCUGCAAGGAGUCCAUAUUACUGACCGUGGUUCAGCCGUAUCCAUCACCAAAAUCUGCAUUCAUCAGUGCAGCCAAAAAGGCCAAGUUAAAGACUAAUCCUGUUAAAGUCCGCUUCGCUGAAGAGGUCAUCAUCAAUGGACAGGUCCCAGAAACUGUAAAGGACAACUCCCUUCUUUUCAUGCCAAAUGUUCUGAAAGUAUACCUGGAGAAUGGGCAGACUAAAUCAUUUAAAUUUGACAGCAACACAUCCAUUAAGGACGUCAUCUUGACCCUGCAAGAAAAGCUAUCCAUUAAGAGCAUCGAGCACUUCUCUCUGAUGCUUGAGCAAAGAGCUGAGGGCUCUGCCAGCAAACUCAUGCUCCUGCAUGAGCAGGAGAUGCUAACUCAGGUGACACAAAGGCCAGGGUCACAUAAGAUGAAGUGCUUCUUUCGAAUCACUUUUGUUCCAAAGGAUCCCGUGGACCUACUUAGGAGAGACGCAGUAGCCUUUGAGUAUCUCUACGUUCAGAGCUGCAAUGAUGUGGUAUUGGAGAGAUUUGGGUCAGAGCUGAAAUACGACACAGCGCUACGUCUGGCUGCCCUGCAAAUGUAUAUUCUAACCAUCAAUACCAAGCAGUCCCAGAAAGUUUCCCUGAAGUAUAUUGAGAAGGAGUGGGGCCUGGCGUUGUUUCUGCCUCCUGCAGUACUGUCUAGCAUGAAAGAGAAGAAUAUCAAAAAAGCCCUCACCCACAUCCUCAAAACCAACCAAAACCUGGUACCACCUGGUAAAAAGCUGACUGCCUUGCAGGCAAAGGUCCAUUAUCUCAAGUAUCUCAGUGACUUGAGGCUUUAUGGAGGACGUGUGUUUAAAUCCACGCUAAUUCAAGGCGAGAAGCACACAGAAGUGACAUUGCUGGUUGGGCCUAAAUAUGGUAUCAGUCAUGUGAUAAACACCAAAACAAACCUGGUGGCACUUUUGGCCGACUUCAGUCAUGUCAACCGCAUUGAGAUGUACUCAGAGGACGAAAACAAAGUUAGGGUGGAACUACAUGUUCUGGAUGUUAAGCCCAUCACUCUCUUAAUGGAGUCUGUUGAUGCAAUGAAUCUAGCCUGUUUGACAGCUGGCUAUUACAGAUUACUUGUGGACUCUCGACGCUCCAUCUUCAAUGUGGCCAAAAACACAGACGGCAAUGCAGGAAGAAUGAAGCAAAAUUACCAAGCCACUGAGAGCGCAUACAGCAUACCACAUAAAGGAUGUGAAGAUAGAAGCAGUCUGAGGUGUAGCCAAGAUUAUUCUGACCAGGAGUGUGAAUACCUCGACCACAGCAGAUGUGAAGGCCAACCUGUAUAUGUAACUGAGAUCCACCAGCCCCAGCACACAGUUCAUAUGGCAGAGAGAGCAGAGUACUGCAGAAUCCCUUGUACCCAAACUUACCUCAACAUCCCAAGGCCCAAACCCCAAGACCCCUCCAGAAAUGCAAAAGUCUCCUUCAUAUUUGGGGACCCUCCUUUGGACAGUGUAAACCCCCAAAAUCUGGGCUACCAGAGACUGAUGGAUGAAUGCCCAGAGACUGCAGACAAUCACAGCCACAUGUACAGGCGCCUCGAGGAAGACUAUAAAAUGAUGGAUGCCAUAGAGGAUGGAUAUCCGUACUCCACCAAAAUCUUUGGUCCUACUGAGUGCAUCGAGGAGCCACUGCUGCAUGAUAUCUGCUACGCAGAGACAACAGAUGAUGCAGAAGAUGAAGAUGACAUCAGCUGUGAGGAAGAUGUUGUGAUGAGUGACAUUGACAAGCCUACAUUGCUCUCGCUCUCAGGGUCCAGCGAUGACAUCAUUGACUUGACCUCCCUCCCUCCACCACCGGAAGUUAAUGAUGAGGAGGACAAUGACGUGCUGCUGCACUCUUUGAAUAUGGCCAUUGCUGCUCCUCCUCCUGGUUUCAGGGAUAGCUCCGAUGAGGAUGAACAACAGGGAGCUGGGAUUCGGGCCCACGGGGCCAGCAAUGAUAUUCCAGUGUCUCUAAUAGAUUCGGUGCCCACCCAUGGAGCAGAGGGCCCCAGGGAGCCUCUGAACGAUGCAAUGGUGUCCACCUUACAGGCACUCGAGGCCCUUGCGGCUUCUGAAGAACAGAGUCCAGCACAAUCAGAGAGUAGCACAGGUGUUGAAAUAUCACGAGCAUUUAGUCCCGAGUCUUCUGAUUCUGGCAAUGAGACAAACUCUUCUGAGAUGACAGAGAGCUCCGAGUUGGCCACUGCUCAGAGACAAUCAGAGAACCACCUGAGAAUGCAUGUAGCCAUGGCAGAAGGACACCAUGCUAUGAUUGAGGAAAAGACAGAGGUGAGCACACCUAGUGAUGAGCAUCAGGAGGAGGAGGCGAAAUCUUCUGCUGUCGCCUCCUCACCAAUGUUUCACUCAGAUGGUGGUGAGAUGGAACCAGAGACUAUGGAAAUAAAAUCAGUUAGUGAGUAUUUUACUAAGAUGCACAUGGGCUCAGUGAUGAGCAGACAGAGAGGAAAACAGAAGGAGACGGAGAACAGAAUCCAAGGAGAUUCAUGCAAUUUCUCUGAUAAAUCACACAUGACAUCUCAAGAUUCGGCUAAAGAGGAGCCCCCUCAUCUCGUUGGGAAGUAUAACGCUUUCACUGUGAGAGAUUCCUAUUACAUGAAUCAACUUGAUCUGGGGCGAACUCACUGUAAAGACAGGCAUCAAAAAUGGCAGCAGAGAGUACCGGGAAACAAAAUGGCAGAGAAUCUCGCUCCAGAAUGUGUGAAUGACUCACAGGCUUCCCACGCAAACAGGCUCACAGCAAAGGGAGAGAAACAAGACUUAGAUGAAAGAAGCCAACAGUUAAAUGCCCAUCUCCUCUCUCCAUCCAAAGGGCCUGUCUCUGCAGAGAGUGAUGCCACUUUGCAGGAUAAUGAGCAGCAGCAGAUAAAACUUCCACAGUCAGAACAAGAUGUGGCACGGUUAUACGAAUACCAUGUGAGCAAACGAAUGUCAUCAAUACAAAGUGAAGGUGUUCAUUCUCUCCAAAGCUCACAGUGUUCUUCCAUAGAUGCUGGUUGCAGCACUGGAAGCAGCAGCUGUGUCACUCCUAUGGACUCUCCCCUUUGUGCCACAGACAACGUGCAUGUACUGUCAGAGUCCUCGCUUAAGGGGCUGAAUUAUGUUUCUGCUGAGGAGAAGGCAUAUGGAGCCCCACUGCAGGGAAAAGUUGGCCAUCCAAUAGACUCCACCUUGCUGAGGAAGAUCCAUGCAGCUACCAGUGCCGAACCUGGGUUUGGGAGCCAACGGGACAGUAGUACCAGAAUACCCAAGAUAAAAGAAACCACAGCUUGCACACAGCUGAAGAAGGCUGGGAAAGAGUCAUCUUUAGCUCUCUGUAAUGAGACUGGAACCACCACCACAAUCAUGUCACCUUCAUCAUUACAAAGUAGCACAGAGCCCAGCGGGCUAACACUGGCCAGCCCUCAGCCUGACCCAAAGGCUCUGGCUUUCCCCUCAAGUGGAUCAUCAUGUGACACAACAACAGACAGCCUCAGGAAGCCACGCGGGGUUCAGAAGCUCAGGAGGAGCUGGAGCACCUUCUUACCAGGUUCCAGGAGUUUAGAAGCACUGAUAGAAAAGACCAAAGCCACACUUGCUGGGAAGAAUGAUAAUCAAAAUAUGCAGUCUCAAGAUCCCCCAAAUGUGCAGAGGGAUAUCUCUGCCAAAACCCUUCCCAAAAGCAUUUCCCAGGGUUCAGUCGCCUCUAAUUCAUCUGGUAAAAUGCAGCUAACAGAUCCCACACAGUUCCUGCCAGAGUCAACAGCUCCAAAGUUGGAUGCAGGAACAUGGAGGUGUCGUGGGCCAUUCAGUCACUGUUUCCUUAAGAGAAAGUCAAACACCCAUGGUAGUGAUGGAGAUAGAGAGGUGCUUUCACAUGCUUUGUUCUCUCACAGCUCAGUUUCUUUCAGUAGAAAGGAAAAGCUGGUCCUCAAAGCAGAAAAUAAAGCUAAGCACAGCAGUACGCCCACGUCUAUGAAUGACAUGAGCCUCAAAGAAAGACUAGCUCAUAUAAAUUCAAUGAAGGGAAAAACCUACAGCCUUCACACAGGGUUUGCACUUGCACAGAAGGAUGCCUUAGAGAUGAUCAGUGUGUUGCAAAGCAGUGUGAGACAUAAGUCCAGAGGUGACGUACCGGAGGUCAACGAGGCUGACAUGCAAACAUUCUCUCAGCUGCUUUUCAUGCAGGCCAAAGUUCUGAAUAGCUCCUGUAGUCAGAUGGCCACAGAGUACAGCAGCCCGGAGGAGUUGCUGCUCACUCUGACACACAGCUUCCACACACUCUGUUGCUUAACCCAAGCCUGCAUGUCACUAGUGGAAGGCCUGAGUGCCGAGAGUGAACGGAGUGAGGUGGUAGCCAAAGUGGAUGAAGUCAUUAUGAACUACACAUGUCUGCUAAAAGCUGCUGAGGCGGCUGCAGGAGGUUCCCCCGGUGACCAAAGUGUGAAUGCAUUGACACAUUACUCUGCCACCAUGUCUGCUAUUAUAAACACACUAACUCACUCACUGAAAGCACUGCUCAACAAAAAACUGUCAUUUUGUUCUGAUUAUUGAUUUUAAAGCCAUACAUAAGAGACAUGGGUUUAACAACCAAUGUGAACUGCUGUGAAAAAAAUCUUGCCUUGUGUAUACAAUAUUUUAUUAUGUAAAGAAAAAAUAAAACUAUAUGAAUUAAAGUUUUAAAUAAAUUAUAUUAAGGCCUCUAUAAAAAAAAAUAUAUGACCCCCAUCAAAUAUAUUACCUAUUAUUACAUAAUGAGAAUUAUUUAAAAGAUUUAUUGAUUUUAUUAGGAAUUUAAUCUUUAAAUUAUCACAAUUUCAUGUACUUUGUUUAUAAAUUGUAAAAAGACAUUUGUUGGAGAAAUCAAUUCAUUAUAUAUGAAGCUCUAGACAAAUCAUUUCACAGCACCUGAUGUUAUAAAACUAAAGAAACAUGUAACUUUUUCAUUUGCUGAUUCACUUGAUUUAAUGACUACUUUACACAUGAACACAGUACUUUCCUGUUAUUUUUGUCAGUAUCAUUAAAAAAAUUUAAAACUU